UUAUAUCAAUACAUGAUCCGAAAGGUAAACCUGUCCGAGCUCGCCUUUCAGAAGAUUCAUGUCUUCUGUCAUCUUUCCAAUAGCAGCAUUCAUAGCCUGAAGCUGGAUGCGAACGUCGUUCUCAUAUUUCUCCAUGUUCUUCUCCCUAUCCUCAAGCGAUUUGAGAUGCUUCAAUGCAUCUUUGUUGUGGAUUCAAGCAUUCGACGAAGCUGUAAAAAUCGAAGAAAAAUUUCGAAAAAAUUCAAGGCUUACCUCUUUCUCGUCACUUGCAACUUGGACCUCUCGCUUCUUUACAGCUUUUUCACGCGCAUCAACAGCUUCCUCCCGUUUAUUCACGCUGACCUCAUGCUCAAUCACAGCCUUCUGCUUUGCUUGCCAAGUCUUCUGUUCUUUGCCAAAAAGUAG